AUGGUCCAAGAGUUGGAGAUGAAGGAUAUGAUGGCCAUCCCUCUAUUCGCUGUGUUGGUGUUAUAUGUUGAAGCGUGUGCGGUGAUGUGCAUUGGUGCUCUACAACUGUCGGCGUCCUUCAUCAAUAACACCUUCAUCACGCUGUGGGCUGGAGGACUGAUCAGAACUUGCCUCCUCCUCUUCUUCGCCUUCACCUACUCCGGCAGCCCGUCAUGGAUGAGAGGGGUCGAGGGGGUGCAGACCGCUGCAGUUCAUGGUCUUCUCUACCCAUUGUACAUCACCAUCCUCUGGGCUUGUGGCAGGUCCACUGUGGAGCUUGUAUGGGGUUGGCACACCUGGCAAGGGAAGCUUUCUGCACAAGUGCUAGAUUCUCUCGUCAAGGCCAAUGAUGUUGCCACGGAAACAUUCUCUUCCAUCAAGACAGUCAGGAGCUCCUUUGCUAACGAGAACGGAGAAUCUGAGCGAUACAGGAAGUGCUUAGAGGAGACGUAUGCUCUGAACAAAGUGAAAGCCGCAGCUUAUGCUGCCUCUACAUGGACCAAUAGUAUGUCCAGUCUGGCUUUGAAAGUCAGUAUACUGUACUAUGGAGGGCGGCUUGUGACAGGAAGUGAUGUCAGUAGUGGUGAUCUGGUGUCCUUUUUGCUAUAUGAGCUGCAGUUCACGUCUGCUGUGGAGGUUCUGAUGUCAAACUGGCCGCAUGUAAAGAAGGCUGUUGGUGCAUCAGAGAAGAUCUUUGAGUAUGUGGACCAUAAGCCUGAUAUUCCUCCUGAUGGAUCACUCGCUCCUCAAGCUCUAAAGGGACAUGUGCACUUCAACAAUAUCACCUUUGCCUAUCCAAAGACACCAGAUACAAAUGUACUGAAGAAUGUUUCUCUCGAGCUGAAGGCAGGUCAGAUCACUGCUCUAGUGGGGCCGUCAGGUGCUGGGAAAAGCACUUUCGUGAGUUUACUGGAGAGAUUUUACCAGCUUCAUAAUGGAGAGAUUUUACUGGACCAUAAACCACUGUUAAGCUAUAAAGACCAAUAUCUGCAUGAGACGGUAAUCUUACUUUAUUCUAGUGACCAACGUGUGUACAGCGCUCUUAGAAAGGACACGAGGAAGUGCACAGUGCUGCUCAUCAGUAAUGGGCUGAGCGGGGUCGAGAAUGCUGAUCAUAUUUUCUUCCUGCGAGAAGGGGAAGUGGCCGAACAGGGCAACCAUAAUGAACUUCUGGCAAAGAAUGGAUUUUACGCAGAGUUUGUGAAACAACAGAAUGUUUCUAUCAGUCGCAAAACAGAGGAUGCCACAAACACCGAUCCCUGA